UCACUCGUUCGAGUCGUAUUCGAGAGCAACAACCCGCUGGAAUCGGACGCAUUUCUGUGGUAUCGUCUUGUUUUUGCCGCUAUUCAUACUAAAUUACAUUUGUGUAUAUAUUUUUCGUUAAAUAUCGCGUAGUCGGUAUAGUUGCAGACAAGAAUAUUACAUACAUAUAUAUACCACAUAUAUAUUUAUGUACUUAAAGUGAUAUUGUUUCUUGUUUUUGGUUCAAACAUUUACCGUUCUGCGGAAUUCCUAAUUUCAACUAAUUAGUGUGUAGUAAAAUUAGGCGCUCAAGCUUUCAAGCAUAUACACGCGUAAAUAAUUGCCAAAAAGCAAGCAACCACAACAACAAACGUGUGACUACAACAAACAAGUGUGCGCCAACGAUCUCCAUACGGUAUUCGCACAAACAGACUUACUUGGCCACAUCGAGCGAGUAAGGCAAUCGAGUAUCAAGAAGAAGAAGAACAACCUCAAACGCAACCACAGACGCGUUCAACUAUUAUAGAAACAACAAAUCUACCUGAAACCGACAACAACAACGAAAAAAUGGCUGAAGUUGAAGUAGAGCAAAUAGUUGAAGUCACAGAUGAAGUGAGCAAGGAUAAGGAGGAGGAUGAAGUCGAGGACCAACCACGAAGGAUGCUCUUCCCGACGGGGCUAGACAAAGACUCCAUUCGUGAGGCUUACGAGGAUGUGCGCUCUGACCAAACAGACACCGAUUGGGCCGUUUUCAAGUUCCAAAACUGCACCAUAACGUGCACAGCACGCGGUCAAGGCUUCGAAGAAUUCCGCGAGCAGUUCGGUGAAAACGACCGCGCCUUCGGUUACAUCCGCAUACAAAUGGGCGAUGAGAUGUCCAAGCGGCAAAAGUUCAUCUUCCUGACGUGGAUCGGCCAAUAUGUCGGCGUAUUACCGCGUGCCAAAAUGUCCACGGACAAGGCGCUCAUACGUGAGGUGCUGAGCAAUUUCGCCGUGGAGUUGUAUGCGGGCGUUGACGACGAACUGGACAUUGAACUUUUCCGUGGUGCCUUGGAACGCGCGGGUGGCGCCAACUACGGCACUGGUGUUUAAAACGAGACGUGACGACGCAUCAACGAGUCCCUGAUUAGUCAUUAAGUUUAUUGAUUACAACUUAUAUAUACAUACAUACAUACAUACAUAUAAACAUGCAUAUUUAAGACAUUUGGAAAGACGUUUAUGUAUUGUCCAGCGCAUUCUUAUGUAUUUUGUGAAAUUAUUACAUACAUAUGUAUACUUACUAUAAAACAAAUACAAAUACAUAGCAGUUUUGUAAAGUCCAAUGAACAGUUUUAACCAAAAUCCAUAUUGAAAAAAUCAUUGAUACUUAUGUAUAUGAUUAUAUUUGUAAAAAAUGCAAAUAAAAAUUAAAAAAAAAACAUUGAAAAUCACUGAAA